AUAUGUAAAAAAAAAACAAAAGAUCAUGACAAAAAUACAUUUCAAGCUAAUAAACGUUUUCUUUUCAGAAGGUUGUAAAAAUACUACAGCAAAAGUUCCAAGUAAAAAUCCAUUAUAUAUUUAAUAUGAAUGUUUACAUGGAGAAUCAUUACUAUUCUCGUCUGUUGCAGGAUGUGGAUGUGGGCAUAUGAAUGUAUUUAAAGUGAAGAGACACACCCACACCCUUGCAUAGAGAUUUGGUAGCUUCAAAAGUUAUCUGCAGAAUGUAAUCUUUAGUUUUCAAAAAUUGUACCUUACUUCAGAGUUCUUGUUUUCAAGCGAAAAUGAAUGAGGUGAAAUUCGAUAGCUUUUUUCGUGUGAUGUUACUAAGGUGAAGUUUUUUAUUCAUAACUUCUAUGAACAAAGAUCUCAACUGCUGAUUUCUUUAGCCUAUCUAAAGUAACUUAACAUACAUAGAAUAUAUAUGUAAAAAUAAUCCUAUGAAAGUUCCCUGAUUCGACAAACUUAAACUCGACGCCCUUAACAAAUCUCUAACGAAUAUCUUUGCCCUUAUAUCAAUUAGAACUCAUACUUUAUGUACGGAUAAAAUGAUCAAAUAUCUUAUGAUAUAAAUACUGUAAGCAUGGAAGAACAUAUUUUGCAAAAUGUUUCAGAUUAUUAUUUAUAGACAAAAUUUAAUCGAUAAAUUGAUCAAAACAAUAUUUCAAUUUUUUUAAUUAGUUUAGCAUAAAAAUAUAAUCAAAUCUUCUUUUUGUCGAACUAGGAUGACGCAACAAAAAAAUAUGGCAAUCUUUUCUGGAAGGCUAACUACACUAUUAUUUUAUUAUUUAUUUAUUAAUAUUUGUUCGUGCUACUAGAUUGAGUCCAUCAUGUCUUCCUCCUUGUUUACCCUAAUGUUUUUUUCGCGAUCUCUCUAUUUCAAAUAAGUGCAACACCUACACCUGGAUCUGAAAGUCAAGAACGUAAUAUAAUUGAAUUUGAUAAUAUGAUUCGACAAACAUUAGGCAUAUCGGCAUUAAAUUGAUAAUGGUUAGUAUAGUUGCUAAAUAAUUUGUAACGAAAAAAGUAAAAUUUAAUAAAAAAUGAGAUUUUUCUAGGUGUAGAGUUGGUGGUAAAGGUAAAUCAGUUGAUGCUACGGAUGCUUGUUGUAAAGCUCAUAAUAUUCAAUCUCGAACGAAUUUUCUUCGAUGUCCACUUUAUAGUGCUUUUUAUAGUGAAGAUUUAGAUCCUAAAACUCGUCUUCCAUAUUGCAAAGAUACACCAGGUUCAUGCGCAAAUCAUGUUUGGAAUGUGAUCGUAUUGUAA